CCUUAUUUACACCACACUUGUUGUUGUUGUUGAAGUGGCGUUGAACUUGUUUUGCUAGACUGCCAUUGAAUUGUCAAAUUUCUCUUUAUUUCACUACUUUAUGAAAGGAUCUAUCCUUAAGUCCGAGUUUCUUGAGAUCUUCUUGUGUUACGUCAAUAAUUCCAGCUGUUUGUUAUGAAAAUGAAGAGACUUGACAUGAUUGCUUGCGAUGCGUCAAAAUACUCAACUUAAGCGUACUGUUAUAGAAGUUUACUAUUGCUAGAGCGAUGGAUUUGCUGUAUUCUGUUACAAGAAAACAAUCUGUUAACAGUUCAAAAAAUUAUGAUUUUGAAAGCCUAAAUGAAGGGUAUGCAUUAUGCAAUGUAUCCAGUCAAAAUGUUGUUGCCUUUGUAACAAAUCUAGAAGUAGAUGACACUUCAGGAAAGACAUGGGGCUCCCAUGUUUAUGUAGCAGACCUCAAUACACCUUGGAAUGUGCACAAAGUUACCUCAAACAAGGCACUUAUAACUGCUAUUGACUGGGACAUCCCUGGCUCAAAAUUACUCACAGCUGAUGCCUCAGGAAAUGUCCAGAUUUGGACUAACAAAGAAUACCUUCUUAAUGAUUGGACCUGUCUGGGAACAGCUACUUUUCAUGGAGAAAACAUAAUUGCAGCUGCGUUUUUUCACAAUGGCAAAAAAAUAUGCCUGGUGGCAGAUAGGAAAGAUGCUAUGCAUUACUAUGACAAGUUUAAACCUCAAAAAAUUGCAGCGUCAGUUCGGCAGUUUGGAGGAAAACCUGUUGAAGGUUGCAUUGUUAUUACCUCAACAGGAAUGGUCGGUGUGGUUGGAUUAAAUCGGGGUGGCCCUGGAGGUGUUAUUACUGCAACAGCUAGCUUAGGCUCCAUCAGACACCGAAUAACAACAGUUGACAUCUGUUUUGGCAGAAAUGGAAACUUUUUGGUAGCAGCUAGCAGUGGUAAUGUAAAUUUACCAAUUCUAUGUUACCAAGUUGGUGUGACCAAAACUGAUGACAAACUGGUUGUUACAUCUCAAGCUCUUCCUAGCUUUUUUCCCCAAAGUGGUCUUUCCAAAAACCCAACCUCACAGCGUCCUCAAGCAAAAUUUGUGACACAUUUGAAGUUCGUUGUCCGAGAGCAUGCAGAUUCACUUGUUGUUGCCUCUAGUACAGACCAAGGAUCUCAGAUUGACAUAUGGGAGUUGACAGAAAAGCCAGUGACAAUUCAUGCUAUGUUUCAACAAAAGCACACUCUUUCUAGUGACUCUAUAACUGUGACUUGGCAACAUCAUUCCCAUUUUCCAAGCAAAUCUUCAAUUUCAUGUCUGACUGUGUCCAAAAUAUCAAUUACAACUGCUGAUCCUCCGCCAUCGUAUGUGCUGGUAGCAUUUGAAGAUGGAACUAUUACUUGUUUAUAUAAGGAUGGUUUAAAGCAGGUGGCAAGUACAUCAAUCAAUAGCAUGUCAUGGGGCCAACCUAAACAGCAACGACUUGAUGGAUGUGUUUCAUACAUGGAUAUUUCCUGGUUAGGUAAUGUUUCUAUUGCUGUCGAUACACAGGGGCAACUUUAUCUGUAUAGACUUCUUCCAAUCUCUGAACCAGGGGCCCCUGUGACAGUUCCAUAUGCAUGCACUUUACUAGAGUAUUGUCUUGUCAGUGGGCUUGACUGGUGGGAUCUUCUUGUCAGUCUCCGUCCCUCAAUGCUUGAGGCAGUUUGUGAGCGUUUUACCGAAAGCUACAAUCGUCAACAGCCUGCUGUUCAGCAAUUUCAUUCUUCACAGUUUCUGAGUAUUAAAGCUUCCUUGUACAGAUUAUCUUUUAAUUGUCAGUCUAAAGCAGCAGACUUAAAUGCUUUGAUGAUGCUGCAAUCUGUUGCAACUGCUUUCAAGUCUUUAUUACGUCCCUCUGAUCUUUCAAGUCAUGAGAAGGGACCUGCUGAAAGCUUAGCAGUUGUUGCAGAGCUACAACUUGAUGAUGUAGACAAAGUUCUCCAAAAUGUGAAUGCCAAAGAAUUCACCAUGGAGGGUAUCAUAUUACAAUCACUUCAACAACUCAUUCAAUGGGUUGCCGAUUUAGCCCUGUCAUUAUUGGCUCGCCUUCCUCAUGGAAUAAAACCAUCCGGGUAUGAUAUUCUUCGUGACUACAAAGCUCUAAACACAUUAAAAGAGCUCCUCGUUAUAAUUCGUAUUUGGGGGCUACUACGCAAGACAUGUCUUCCAGUGUUCUUUCAAUGUUUUGAUAAUAUUGAUGUCCUUGCACAUAUUUUUAAAUUACUCACAAGAUUUACUCAAAGUCAAGAACCAGAUGACGCUCUCAUUGAUGCCUGCCUUCAGUUGCCCAAUCAAGUCAUGAUACCUCAGUUAAACUCACUUGUACCUUGCAGGGUGAUUGCUUCACCUGCUUUUUUUCAACAAUCUCUACCCCUACAGUUGGAAUAUGGAUCUGAACCAGAAAUGCUUCAGUUUUCACCUGAAACCAGUAAUGUUGAAGGCGUAAGUAAAUCAGACCAGUUCAUGGACACAACACGCCACAUUUAUCUGGGGAAAAAUCCACGAGUUCUGAAGCAGUGUACACGGUGUGGUGUUCAAUCUCAACUUCAUAGUAGGGCACGAACUGCAGCAAUUAGAGCUUGGGACCAGCGGUGGGUAUGUGGAUGCAGAUGUGGUGGUCACUGGACUAUCCACCAACCAGAGUCUUGACCCCUUUGGGAUGUAUAUCAUCACUGUGCUUUAAAGUUGUGCAACACACGCAGCUUUACUGAACAGUUUCUCUACGGCUCUGAAAUUAACAUGUAAAUUGGUGUGUGUUGUACAUAUUGAAUGAGAAGUUGUCAUUUUAUGUCCUUUUGUAAAUAUAUGUAAACGGAGUUCCAUUUCUUGAUACCAAUGUAAUAAAACUAGCGGUAAUGAAUAA